AUGUCUCAAGACGAAUUAACAACCAUAUCUUCCUACACUCCAUCUCCAAAUUCUGAGAUGGAUGUCUGUGAUAAUCCACUCUCCACUCGUUAUGCUAGCAAGGAAAUGACCUUUAACUUUUCUCCAAAGAAGAAAUUCUCUACGUGGCGUGAGUUGUGGUAUGCUCUUGCUAUUGAAGAACAAACUCUCGGAUUGGAACAAAUCACUCAAGAACAAUUGAAGGAAAUGAGAGAACAUUUGGUGAUUCAAGAUGAGGAGAUUACUCUUGCUGCCAAUUAUGAAAAAAAGUUUAGACAUGAUGUAAUGUCUCAUGUUCAUGCCUUUGGAGAUGUUUGUCCGAGUGCUAGACCAAUUAUUCACUUGGGAGCUACUAGUUGUUAUGUUGGUGAUAAUACUGAUCUUAUUCAAAUGAGAGAUGGUAUGAAGAUUAUUCAAUCGAAAUUGUUGCGUGUCAUGCAGUUAAUGAAGAGUUUUUGUUUAAAGUAUAAGGAUUUACCAUGUUUGGGAUUUACUCAUUUCCAACCUGCUCAAUUGACUACUGUUGGAAAGAGAGCUACUUUGUGGUUGCAAGAUUUCUUACUCGAUCACGAACAAUUAAUUCACCAAUUGGAAAAUUUACCUUUCAGAGGUGUUAAGGGUACAACUGGUACUCAAGGAUCUUUCCUCCAUUUAUUCAAUGGAGAUCAUGAAAAGGUUAAGGAAUUGGAUAGAAAAGUUACCAAGAGAAUGGGUUUCUCCAAAUCUAUUCCAGUAAGUGGACAAACCUAUACAAGAAAGAUUGAUUUCCAAGUUUUGAGUGUCUUGUCUCAAAUCAGUCAAUCUGCUCACAAGUUUGCCACUGAUAUUCGUCUCUUGAUGAGUAUGAAGGAAAUUGAUGAACCAUUCGAAAAGAAUCAAAUUGGUUCAAGUGCUAUGGCCUAUAAGAGAAAUCCAAUGAGAUGUGAAAGAAUUUGCUCACUGAGUAGAUUUGUCAUGUCACUCCUCUCCAACACUGCUCACACUCACGCCAAUCAAUGGUUUGAAAGAACUCUUGAUGAUAGUGCCAAUAGAAGAUUAUCCAUUGCUCAAGCUUUCCUUGGUGUUGAUGGUAUUUUGAAUAUUGUUGCCAAUGUUUGUGAUGGUUUGGUUGUUUGGCCUUUGGUCAUUGAAAAACAUACUAUGGCUGAACUUCCAUUCAUGGCCACUGAAAAUAUCUUGAUGGCUGCUGUUAAGGCAGGAGGUGAUAGACAAGUUUUGCAUGAAGUGAUCAGAGUUCACUCAUUGGAAGCUGCUAGACGUGUCAAGGAAGAGGGCGCUGAGAAUGAUUUGUUUACCAGAUUGGUCAAUGAUGAGGCAUUCAAAUCAGUCAUCUCUGUAGAUAAGAUUAAGGAAAUGAUGGAUGCCAAGUUGUACAUUGGACGAUCAAAUGUGCAAACUGAAGAAUUUAUUGGGAAUGAAAUUGAUCCAGUUUUGAAUGAAUAUAAGGAUUUGAUUCCAACCCAAGAUUAUCAACUCAAAGUUUAA